CUGGAAGUAUUGGGCACACCAGACUGGAGAAGCCAGCGACGCCUCGGAGAAAACCAACAUCCCGACCACCGCAUCGAGCAGCUCGUCCAUCAUCUUCCAUACCAGCCAUUCCGCCCCAGUCUCGAUUUCUCAGCUGCCUGGGCAUUUCUCGACACAACACUCAUCCUGACCCCAAACGACCCCGACCGUCCUCCUUGCGUCUGUCGAACCUCUCUACCCGUCGUUUCCCUCCUUUCCUCGGCCAGCGCCCGUUGCGAGCUCUUCACGGCCAUCACCGCCGAUCCGCCAACUUCGCGCAACGAAAAUCACCCACCACCUCGGCCUCUUGUAACGAAGUACACGCCUACGCUUAUACACUCCUCCACCAUGCGGAUAUCUUCCGCCCUCUACUCCUCCGCCGCCCUCCUCUCCUCUGGCCUCGCCUCCGCCCGCGGCUUCGACUGCCACAAUAUCAAUGUCAGCGGAUAUAAAUAUGACCUCAAGCCUCUGGGCGGAGUCCACACUCUAUACCAUGUCAACGAGACGGAAUCCUACGUGGUCAACACCACGUAUGUGAUGAACAUUUGCGGGAUCUUGAAGGGCGCGGCGAACCGGGAUGGGAUGAAAUGUGGUACUUCGAAGAAUAUCUGCGGCUUCGAAUACAAACACGCCCCCGACGGCUCCGAGUCCAAACACCCCUUCCCGAUCGUCGGUCUCGACCCCGUUGGCCACGGCUCCAAAAACACGGAGAUCACGCGCCUUAAGACCGACGACUCCGACCAGGAGGGUCUCCGCGUGAAGUUCUCCGGCGGUAGCUACGAGAACGAGGACGGCAAGAAGAAGAGCGCCGGCGCCGUUAUCGAGUUUCAGUGCGAUCCCGACCGGUCGGGAUUAGAAGGGUUGACGCCCCAGGCGGACGACGGGCCCGAGAACGAGCGUCGCGACGGCGACGAGAAUCGCCAGAGUCUGCAGUUCAAGAGCUUCGGGCUCGUUGAUGAUGAUUCGUAUGUGCUGCGACUGGACUGGCGGACUCGGUAUGCGUGCGAUAACUACGUCGAUGAGAAUAAGGGUGAUUCGUCGAGUCAUUGGGGUUUCUUUACUUGGUUGAUUAUUAUUCUCUUCCUCUGCAUCGCCGCCUACCUCAUCUUCGGCUCGUGGCUGAACUACAACCGCUACGGAGCUCGCGGCUGGGAUCUGCUCCCUCACGGCGACACCCUUCGCGACGUUCCCUAUAUCUUUCAGGACUGGUUUCGACGGGUGAUUAACACGUUGCAAGGGUCUGGUUCUAGAGGAGGAUACAGUGCGGUGUAG